UCUGAGUCACUGCUACUUUAAUACGCACACAAAAAUUUGUGAGAAAUCAUGAAGAAGUGAUUAAGAACACAAAGAAAUUUCAAAAAUUUAACAAAUUUGUGCAGCAAGCGAGUGGCUAACUUAAGUAACUGCUAAAUAUUUCGUGCGAAGCGAAGAAAUUGUGUGCAAAGUGGACAAAUGUUACGUGAAAAGUACCUAGCAAAGCAGCAGCGUGAACCGGAUUAACAAAAUUUUUCAUUUUUGUUGUGUGCAUUUUAGUUUCAGUUUUUAUUUUCGCAAGAACGAAACAGUAUUAAGUGAAAAUUUUGCAGACGUGCGAUAAAGUUUUAGCUAAGAAUAAAAGCUGUGCAGUGCACGCGUCUCGUGCGAAUCGCAGUGAAAGAGUUUGAAAGCAAAAAUAGAGAAAGUGCUUGGAAUUGAACUAAGAUGAUAGUAAUUUCCGGCGUGGAAUCGUAUUCAUUAAAUGGAACCGUUGAAUUAACGACAGUAUUGGGUGCGCUUUUUGGCGUCGUCACUUUGAUGUUCUUAUUUUUCCUUUACGUACAUCGCAAAUGGUGCUUUCAUGCUCGACACGGUCUAAAUUGUUGCGAUGAGAAGAUAAACGCAUCCAAAUACACGCAAAAAAUGUGUAAGUCACGCAAACGCCGUUAUGAUAAUACCAGCUCUGAUUCGGAGGAAGAUAUAUUGCGCCGCUUACGCUUGCAGCAGUCACGUAAUUUGUCAACGAACGGUAAUUUCAAUAGUUACGGUGUGCAUCAGCAGUCAUCGUAUCUGCCACCGUCGCCGCCAAAUCCCCAACACAGCUUCAAUUAUACGCCGAACGAAUUGCAGCGCGUUACGAUAACACCACGUUUCGAUCCGGCGCGUGAUCCGUUGGCCAUAGCGGAGCGUGGCAAAGUCGGUAUUCCGUCCUCGCAUAGUGAGUGCAGUUCGAAUGAUUCGGAGAAGGCCUCGGUCGACAGUCAUACGGGUAUUUUGACCGGUGACAGGAAAGAACGUCUUCAAAGUAAUGGCGGCACGAAUAAAUCGAGCGAAUGCAGCGCGUCGUCUUCGCUGAAGGAGUCACGCAUCGAUAAUCGUGCGGAUUUGCCAAAAACCAGCAGUAAUAGCAGUAGCAGCAGAUAUCAGAAGAUAUCGACGGCGUCUGCGCGUCAAGACAGUUUAGAUGAUGUGCCUGAUUUGCAUAGCAAUAAUAAUAAUAUUCAUAACAGCAGUAAUAAUAAUAACGAAGAUGAACCACUUUUCGAUACCAGCGAUUUGCGUUCCAUCAAAUCGGACGACACUUCGGUGCAGAAUCAAUUCUAUGGUAAAAGUGGCAGUAUCGAAAUCUCUUUGCUGUACGAUGCACCCAUGCGUAAGAUGACUGUGCACGUGAUGCAAGCCCGCGGUCUACCCACUUUGGGCAACGGACAAACGACGCACACGCAGGUCCGUCUGCUUAUGUUGCCAAAUAAGAAGCAAAAGCAUAAGACUAAAAUUCGCUCGGGCGAGAAUCCACAAUAUAUGGAGAGUUUUCUGUUACAUCGAGUCAAUCCAGAGGAGGUCAACAAUAUGGGACUGCGUGUACGAAUAUACGGUUGCGAACGUUUACGGAAAGAACGUCUAAUUGGCGAGGCGUAUGUUAGUUUCGCCACAAUAGAUUUACAGUUGGAGACGAAUUUGUGGCUACCAUUGGAGCCGAGGAGUACGGCUUCUGUUUUGGGCUCAAAUAGUGAUUUGUUAAGUCUGGCGCGUUCAGAUAGUGCCGGUUCGACCACAUCGAUGCAACAUGGUGGUGUGCCGGAACUACUUUUAGGUUUAGGUUAUAACGGCGUUACAGGACGUUUGACAGUGGAAAUUGUCAAGGGUAGUCAUUUUCGUAGUUUAUCAAUGAAUAAGGCGCCCGACACGUAUGUAAAGCUGUGCUUAGUUAGUAGUAUCGGGCAGGAGAUAUCGCGAGCGAAAACAUCAACGAGACGCGGCCAACCACAUCCGCUCUUUAAGGAGACAUUCGUCUUUCAAGUGGCACUUUUCCAGUUGAACGAUGUGACGCUUAUGGUUUCCGUUUAUGCGAAACGUAAUAUGAAAAAGAAUGAAAUGGUCGGCUGGUUUAGUAUGGGUCUAAACUCGUCCGGACCAGAGGAGGUAGCGCACUGGGCGGAUGUACGCGACUUAGCCAAGGGCGAGCUAUUGGCGCGAUGGCAUGUGCUAGUGGAUUCCUGAUUCGAGCAGUUGGGACAAUCUUCACGUCGCGGCAGUGCCCUAGGCAUACUAGGUUUUGCGACGAAAGAGAAGUCCAAAUCGAAGAAGCUGAAGGAGGAGGAGGAAGAAGACGACGAGGUGAACCGUGAUAUUGGUAAUGUGCCGGACAAGGCGGUGGCCGUCAACAUUGAGGCCGGCCUAGAGCUCGACUUUGUUUAGAGAAUUGGGUAUAACCAAACGACUUUUUUGUAAUGUAAACCACACGACGCAAAUUUUUUGUGUGUUUACGAAACAUAAAACCAAAUAACCAAAAGAAAAUUUGUAUAGCAAAGUUAGUUUUCUGUAAAUACCGUUACAGAAAAUGACAAAGCUUAAACGAUAAUUGUCACUUUAAAUUACAAAACAAGGAAAGAAUAAAAAAAAAACCGUAAAUAAAUCAAAUAAAAAUAAACAUAUUCUAUAUAUAAAGUAAAAUAUGUCACUUUACUAGUAAACAAAUUACGCACAUUAAAUAUUUUGGUAGCGAAGUCAUAAUACUAAACGCGUUUAAGAGGCAUUAAAUAAGAGACUAGUAACCUGAUAAAACUGGAAUUUCAUACAAAUAAUGCUCUUUGAUAGAUAAGUAACCCGUUGAUGAACUGAAGCAGAGAAUUUGUUGUUUUGUAAGGAACUAAAUAUUUGGAUCGGCUUUACCGUUGUUCGAUCCAUUGUAAGGAAUAUUGAAUUUUGUGAUAUGCGAAUGAGUAUUAAAUGUGAAAUCAAAUGUAUUUGCAAAAUAUUUGUUUAAAAAUAACUGGCUGUAGAGGCGAGGAAAUUUACUAGGGAUUUUUGGUACAACAACAAUUGAACAAUUUGCUUAACUUGCGCUUACGAAGGCAGUGAGCGCAGAACUUUGUGAAAUUUUACUAUUUUUUUUUAGUUUAAGCAGAGAUAUUUCGUUUAAUUGCAAAUUCUGUAAUUUUUUGUAACGAACUCUAUGAGUUGUGUGUGCUUGCAAUUAAAUAUGUAUUAGUAUUAUAUAAUUAAAGCAAAAAAAUAACAAAAUUUAUCAUAUCAAAUCAAAAAUAUAACUGUAUUAUAAAUAUCUUGCCGAUUUUCGAAGGCACUUCUUGAGCGUUAAACUUUUUAUUAUUUUUUUUUUAUAUUAAUUACGGAUCGUGGUGAAUAUAAUUUCAAAUGCCUUAAUAAUGCACGAACUGCUUUUGGUACAAUUUUAAAUUAAGUUUAAUAUUAUAACGGAACUUUUAACAGUUAUUAAGUUUACUUUAACUACAUGCAACCUAUUUUGUUAGAUUUUUUUGGAUUCUCCACAUUUCAAAAAUUGUUGAAAAAUUUCUAAC